AUGUGGCAUUGGCAACAAAAACUUGUGAAUGAACAGAAUCAGUCUGGAGAAUUCUUUGGUCGAUCUGAACAAGAAUUAAUAGAAUUUUUGAAUGUAGCAAAUAAUUGGCAUACAAAUAUUAAAUUAGAUUAUAAAAUUGGCAAAAGUCUUCUAUUUCUUGAUGUGCUUCUUACAAAUAAUAAUGGUAUUUUAGAAACAUCUGUUUAUCAUAAACCAGCUGCGGAACCCUAUGUUGUUCCAUUUGUAUCGGAUCAUCCUCGACAUGUCUUUGGAAAUAUUACACAAACAGCUCUUGCACGAGCUGUCCGGUAUUCAUCGGCAUUUAAAGCAUUUCAAAAUGAACAACGUUACAUCGAAUUAAUGUUAUUAUAUAAUGGAUAA